AUGCAUACCAAACAUGUUAGUCAAAUGAAAGAAAUUGAGAAUUACGAGCUUUUGAUUGAAGAAAAUAUUAAAAAAGCAGAAGAAUUGAUGAAUUAAAGUUAAGAACUAUUUAAAGCAAUUUAAAAGCCAUAUGAAAAUUACUUUCUUCAAAUUAAAAACUAAAUUAUCUCUUUGAUUAAUGAACUUCAAUAAAAACUGGUUUAAAUUAACAAGGAUUAAAUCCAAAAGAUGAUGAACAAUGAGAUUGAAGUUGUUUAGAAUAUUAAUUCAAAGUUUGAAGCCUAUAAAUUAAUGAAUUAAUUGAUCCCUAAUGAAAUUAUUGAAGAGUAUAAAAACAUUAUUAAUGGCAUAUCUGAAAAGAUUAAAAUUAACAUCAAUUUUGAUGUUAUUAAUAAAUAAGUGGAAUCCUUUGUCAUGUCAAUCUUCUGUCCAAAAAAACAAAAGGAAAAUAAAGAAUAAAAUGAUGAUACUGAACUAUUACAACAAUUCAUAUCUAGUAAUAGAGAUACAAAUAAAGAGUCAAUUCUAAAACCAAAUCAAUCAAUGACUUGUUGUUUGCAUCAGUCCCCUUUGCAGACCAAAAAGUAAGUGCAAACAAAACUUGUUAUGGGAUCUGCGUCUCCAUUGAAUGUUUUCAAUCGUUAGAUUAAUGGAAGGCAAGUUACAAAAAUUAUCUAAACACAACCAAUAAUUUACUAUCGAACAAACAGCUGA